AUGGCUCAAGACAUGUUGCCUCAUGUUAAUAGUACUCACGGUAUUGGACAUGUUAAUGGUACUCAUGGUAUUGUUAAUAGUACUCACGAACCUCCUAAGGUUUUGUAUGAAGCAGCAAUUAAUAUAGCUCAUAUUAUCGAUGUUGGAACUUUUAAAGAUUUACUCUUUGAAGUCGCAAGUGAUCAAUUUUCAAAGAAACAUAUUCAAGUUUUUGGGCAUGAAAAAAAAAAAGAUAAAUGGACAAAAUUGCAGGAUGGAUUAACAGAUUAUUUACAAGCACUAGUUCAAUUAAAUUUUAAAAUGGUUAGAUUUUUGAUUGAACUAGACAAAUCACAGGAAAUUAUAUUACCUGAAUUGCAAAAUGCUAGUUUAGUAUUAAUGAAUAAUACUAAGCAACUAUACUUUCCUAACAAACUUGUUCGAGGAAAUAGUCAUGAUCGUUUAUAUAAUGAUCUUAUAGAUCUUUUUAAGGAAAAAGGUGGAGGUUGGUCUGCUGGGCUUCAAAAUACAAGAAGCAAAAUAUUUUUAGAACGUUUGUCCAAUGCUAUUUGGUAUGUUGAUCCACAUAUAAAAUUACUUCGAGAUCGUGCAUGUCAUCUGCCCUCUUUAUUUCAACAAUUAAAAACCUACAAAGAAGAAUAUAGCGCUAGUGAAAUUUGGGCAAGUAGCAAAUGCUGGAAUGAAAUUAUUCCAAAAAUUUUUAGUUUUGUUACAAUGAUGAGAAAGUAUGCAGAACAUUUACAAAAAUCUGCUCAACUUACUAUCAAUUCACAUAAUUCUACUGAAGUAGUUCGUUCACCUAACAAGCAUAGUACACUUAAAAUAAUUUCUGGUAGUUUAAAUAUUAAUUCAAAAUAUAAAAAUUUAGAAGAAAAUCUUGCAAAAAAAGAUGUUUAUGAUUUUAUUGAGAUCUCUGAGUUUUUACCGUCAGAAUAUUCAAAUCAUUAUUCAUUAUUUCAUGAUAUAUAUAGAAGUGAAACUAAUAAAAAUCAUCGUCCAUCACUAGUACUAACUCAUGAAGGCCAAGAGCAAUGCACUGUUUGUGGAAAGUGGCGCUGUCUCUAUAGCCAAAAUCCACUUAAUGAUAAUGGGAAUUGCAAUGGCAAGAAAUACUUAUAUACUUGUGGAGGACCAAUUUUAGAUGAUAAACAUUUAUUAUAUAAUAUUAUCUUUGUUCGAGAACUUAUUUCUUGUGACUCACCUAUAGAGUUAAACUAUUAUGCCUAUAAGCAAGGAGAUAAUGUUCGGCUUUGUUAUUGGUGUGGUGCAAUAGAAGGUUUAUCUGAUAUACCGAAUUCAUUAAUUGCACAGUUUAAAAUAGUUUAUCCAUGUUGUGAAUUGUGUAAAGAAUUAGAAAAAAAUCACUUUACACGCUUAGAAAUUAAG